UUUCCUUUUCAUAACAGGCCAAUCACCACACAUGUGUGAAGUGAAACCUUUCAUGCUUUUCCCUCCGCCCAUGGCUCUUUCACUUCUGGCGUCAAAACCUAAUCCACAUUUCAGUUACAAUUGCUCCUCUUCUGGUAAUUCCUCCAGUUCCAAAGCUUCCAAACUCCCCCAUUUCUUCCCAUGGCAAAAGGUAAAGGUGGGACCUUUAAGCGUAUCGCCUAUGGGGUUUGGGACAUGGGCAUGGGGAAACAAGGUUCUUUGGGGAUAUGAGGAAUCCAUGGACACUCAGCUUCAGCACACUUUCAAUUUUGCUCUUGAAAAUGGGAUCAACCUGUUUGAUACUGCCGAUUCCUAUGGAACGCUUGGGUUGAAUGGACGAAGUGAGAAGCUUCUUGGCAAGUUCAUCUGUGAAUUUCAAGGAAGUAAGAGGGUGCAAGAUGACAUUGUGAUUGCUACAAAGUUUGCAGCAUAUCCGUGGCGCCUGACCCCUGGACAGUUUGUGAAUGCUUGCAAGUCUUCUUUAAAGAGGAUGCAAAUUGAACAAAUUGGGAUUGGACAAUUGCACUGGUCUACUGCAAACUAUGCACCUCUACAAGAAAAAGCUCUCUGGGAUGGUUUAGUGGCAAUCCAUUAAAAUACAAUUAUGGGGUUAUAGGGGUUAGUUCGUGCGGUUGGUGUAAGCAAUUACGGACCAAAACAGCUUCUGAAAAUACAUAAUUACCUUGAAGCACGUGGAGUUCCCUUAUCGUCCGCUCAGGUACAAUUCUCAUUGCUGAGUAUGGGAAGUCAGCAGAUGGAAAUUAAAGAUAUAUGUGAUUCUUUGGGCAUACGCUUGAUUGCUUACAGCCCCCUUGGUCUUGGCAUGCUCACUGGAAAAUACAGCCCUUCCAAUCUCCCUAAAGGGCCUAGGGGCUUCCUGUUCAGUAACAUUCUACCUGGGCUGCAACCUUUGAUGAAGUCCUUAAAAGAUAUAGCUCGAAAAAGGGGCAAAACUGUACCUCAGGUUGCAAUUAACUGGUGUUUGUGCAAAGGCACGAUUCCCAUACCGGGAGUUAAGUCAGUGAAACAAGCUGAAGAAAAUGUAGGUGCCCUUGGGUGGCAACUAGAUGCGGAUGAGUUGACAGAGUUGGAACAUGGAGCUCUUCAAUCUCCGCGAAAGAUGAUUCAGAACAUCUUUCAAACCACCUAGUCAUUACUUUAUUCUCUCUUGUGAAAACUGUGUAAAGAGUAAAGACAGGCAGGGGCCAUUUCAUUUUAUAAGUAACGGGCUCAACCUUUUUUAUUGCCCACAAGCCAGGAAAAAAAUCUAAUUAAUACUCAAAAUGUGAUUUCUUGUGUAAUUGGGUUAUUUGGGUACAAUGUAAAUAGGGAAAAGUAUGGAAAAGAUACUUGUGGUUGGACCCGUUUUCAUAUAGGGUCAUGUGUUUCAUUCUUUAUCAAAGUGGUUCAUGUGUUUGAAUUCCGUUAUCACAAGAGGGUCAUGUCGUUAAAAACAUCUGAAAAAGAUCGUUAAAAGUAAUUUCGAUUUUCAUAAGUGCUCGGAAAAUUAAAAGAAAAAUACCGAAAGGUGUGCCUUGUUAAGAUGACCUCCAAACCACCUUUGCAUUUGGAGUUUCACAUCCGUUUGAAUUAUUUUUAAAAAAUGAUUUCUCUAAUAUCACUUUUGUUGUGGCCUUUUCGGUGACAAGGGUGCCUUAAGACAAAAAGGAAAGAUGGCCUAGCAGUCGUUUUAUUGAGGCGAUUAGGCGAACCUUCCAGUAUUUUUCUUUUGAUUUUUCGGGCACUUUUGAAAAAUCGGAGUUACUUUUAAAGGUUUUUUUCAAACAUUUUUGACGGAAUUUAAAUACAUGAAACACAUGACCCUAUCUGAAAACGGGCCCAAUCACAAGUACAUUUUCCGUACUUUCCCAUGUAAAUAAAAUGUGAUUUAAUGUUUUUAGCACACUAUUAUCGUACACUC